AUGGGAGGCUGUGCGAGCAAGCCAAAGGAGUUCGACACCCCUCGCCCAGAGGCCCUCCCCAGUGAGACCACCAACCCCAAGAAGGCUGAUGGUCCUCAGGAGGGCGAGGCCACUACUACUAGCACCAUUGCCACUACCACCGAGGCUGCAAAACAAGAGGAGACCACCAAUGAAGCACCAUUGAUAGACCCCUCAAAGCCAAAGGAAGAGGAGGCUGAGGCUGCGGCCGCACCUGCUGUUGCGGUAGAGGCUGAGGUGGUAGCAACCAAGAAGCCAAAAGAGGAAGCGGAAGUUGCUGUCAAGCAACUAGCGGAGAUCAAUCUCGUUGAGGCUGUGAAGGAGACCAAGGAGAAAGAGCUGGUGGAGGAGCCUGCACCGAAGGUGAAAGAAGAGAAGCCAGUGGCGGAUAUCAAACCAAAGGCCACAGAGGAGGAUGUAGCAAAGGUAGCAACUCCUGUUGCCUCAGAGGACAAGGCUAAAGAUACACCUCUUGUCACUGUUUAA